CAACAUCAAUAUGUAGCUGUUAUGAACUCAUGACGCCCUCCGUCGUGUCCAGAGCAAGCAGCCCCGCCAAAGCUGGACCAUGGAGCUGCCCCUGUCCGAUACCGCAUUUAGCGGGGUGUUGAUCUGGAUUUAGUUCGCAUUUCCUUCCGACAUUCAUCGAUCACAGCAGUCGGAGAUGACUUACACCACACUCAUUCGCACCCCCUAAACGUGUCAACCUAUGCGCCACGGCAGUAUAGAGACAGCCGUUCUUCCCUCUCUCUUGCCUCCCUCAUAGACCAGUCCUUCCAACAGCCGCCGAGGUGAAAAUGCAGUCGCAACAAGCUCCGACUCCGGAGCCUUCCCGAGUCCAGAGCAGCAAUCCUAAUAGCAACACGAAGAACUACAAAGGCUUCGUCGCGGGGGUUUUUUCCGGGAUAGCCAAGCUCUCAGUCGGACACCCCUUCGACACGAUCAAAGUCCGCCUCCAAACCUCGCCUCCAUCCCGCUUCCGCGGGCCGCUGCAAUGCCUGGCGCAGACCAUCCGACAUGAAGGUCUCUUGGCCUUAUACAAGGGCGCGACGCCGCCGCUGGUGGGGUGGAUGUUCAUGGACAGCGUCAUGCUAGGAUCACUGUCCGUCUACCGGCGGCUGCUGCACGAGAACCUAUUCAGCAACAACAACAACAACACUAUGCCAUGGCACUCACCAAACGACCCCGCUGCAGCAGCAGAACCCGUCCCCCCACUGCCCCUGCCCGCGUACGGCCACGGACUAGCCGGCAUCCUGGCCGGCGCAACCGUGAGCUUCGUGGCGGCGCCCGUCGAGCACGUCAAGGCGCGCCUGCAGGUGCAGUACGCGGCCAACAAGCGGGACCGGCUGUACAGCGGUCCCCUUGACUGCGUUGCCAAGAUCUUCCGGCACCACGGCGUGCGGGGGGUGUACCACGGCCUGCAGGCGACGCUGCUGUUCCGGAGCUUCUUCUUUUUUUGGUGGGGCAGCUACGACCUCUUCUCGCGGUGGCUGCGGGAGCGCACGACCCUCGGCGCCCCCGCCAUCAACUUCUGGGCCGGCGGGUUCAGCGCCCAGGUGUUUUGGGUGCUGAGCUACCCGAGCGACGUGGUCAAGCAGCGCAUCAUGACGGAUCCGUUGGGCGGUGGGUUGAAUGAUGGCGUGAGGAGGUUCCCGAGGUGGAGGGAUGCCGCUAAGGCGGUUUACCAAGAAGGUGGCGCGAGGGGGUUUUGGCGGGGGUUCUUGCCGUGCUUUCUUAGAGCGUUCCCUGCUAAUGCUAUGGCGCUGGUCGCCUUUGAGGCGGCGAUGCGGGCGCUGCCGUAAGAAUUGGGGGUUGGUUGCAAGUUCUACGAGUCCAUAUAAACGUAUGCAUGCAUGAUACCCAGGAGCACAGCAAAGGGAUGGUUAGAAAUGCGCAGGCUGCAACGCCUGGCGGCCGCAAACGGCGGGCCGUCAAUGGAUUUGACCCCUUUCCCGCUAUG